AUGCAUAGCACUUCAAAGUUCUCGCUGCGUGGACUUGGGGUUUUGACCAAGGAACCAGCCUGCCAGAGGAAAAAGACUACAAAGAAACAUUUUUCAGAUCCCCAAGUUUCUGUAAAUAUGGAAGCUGGCAGCAACAAAAUGAUGUUUCCAAAGUUGACUGUCAGUCCUCUUAGAAGGUUCCAGUUGAUUGAUUCUGAUUCUGAUUCUGAUUUUGGUGAUCCUUGUUUCAGUGAAGGUGCAAACAGAGGGACUAAUAAAUUAGACUCAUCUUUGAAGGAGAGACCAUCAUCUAAUUCUGGCCAACGUGCAGCUUCCAUAGAACAGUGGAAAACAAAAGAAUCAGUGAGCAUGGCCUGUACAGAAGAUUUAUGGAAAGAUUUCUGUUCAGAGAAGGGAUUUCACAUUCCAACACCUGCUUUGGAUGAGGUCUGUGAAGAAUAUUUUAGAUCCGUGAAAGAUAAGAAUGUAGCUAAGAAUAGCAAUAAAGGUUGUCAUGAAAAUAGCAAUGUCAGGAAAAAUGAUGAGCAGCAAUGGGAUGUGGGUAACGCUUCUGUUCAUCGUUAUUUUUUCCAUGAUGACCCAAGAAUCCAAAAACUGGUUCGCAGUCGCUUACCCAACUUUUUCCCCGUGGGUGCUGUAAACAACAGAGGAUAUAAGCCACCUGAUGCAUCAGUGAUUGAUUACAUGGGUCAAUUUGGCAAUGGAGAGGGUUCUAAGCAAGCCGAUGGGAAACAUAAUUCCGAGGUAGGGUCAAGGAGGAGCAGAAACAAUUCAAAGAAGUCAAAGGCUGAAGAGUUACCACAAGGUUCUGGAAGCUGGAUGAAUCCUAAACGCUGCACUGAGAUUCCAAAAGAUGCUGGCAAAAGAAGGGUUCAUGCAGUGGGUCAAUCUGCUGGUCAUUGGUACACUGGUCCAGAUGGGAAGAGGGUAACAGUCUGUAGCAUGUCAACAACCUGCAAAGUGGCUAUCGAUGCUAUCAGGACAAUAGUCCCCCGGGGGGUGGGGGCGGCUGAGGUUUUUGCGAAGCUUUAUUUUUGGUUUUCCCUUUUCAUGAGAAUCAAGAGAUUAUGUUCAUUCUGGUGUUGAGCUGUAUACCAGGCAAUUAUGAUUGUUAGCAGAAAAGUCUUUUGCUUACUAAUUAGAUCCAUCUAGUAUACAUAUACUGAAUGUUGAAUGUACGGUAUGUAGGUAUGAGUACCUUUUUUUAACUUAUCUUAGAUUUUUUAAUACACCAAUUAAAUAGAACAAGAAUUUCGGAAAUUAAAUUGAUUUUUGAUUAGUAACCUUACUCUGGUUUAUGCAUGUCCCCCUUCUUCUGUACAACUUUCACUGCUAAUCCACUUACUGAUCUUUCAGGUUUACGUCAACAAGAGUGGGCAGGAAUUGACAGGUCAAAUUGCUUACAGACAUUACAGAAAGGAGAGUGGAGCAGGAUUUAAAAGAUCGAAAAAGAAAACUGCUGCCAAGAAGAAAAGAAAAUAAGAAUGUGCACGAUGUUGAAAUGAUGCGUGUUGAAAUUGGAUCUUAAUUCUGAGGUUCAGAUUGAAAAAGAAACCACCACAAACGUAUUAGGUAGAAAGAAAACUUAUAUGUAGAGCAUCAAAAUUCAGAUGUUUGCUGCUCUGAAUAUUAUAUGGAAAACUUAUAUGUUUUUAAAAUUUCCAAGUAUUUAGUUGAUUACCUUCAAUGUUGUUUGCUUUGCUUCACGGCUCAAUUUUGUACGACAGUUCACAAAUUCUUGUUAGAAUUGCAACACUAUGGAAAAGAAGAGAAGGAAUAUUGUCCUCCACGACACGCUUGUAUCUGAACAGAGUUUUUCUGAGACGUCGAGACAUUUAGAAAUCAAGCCUUUGCAAAUGUUUUUCUUGUUGUGUACCCAAUUUUUUUUUUUAAUUGAAUUUUUAGGGUUUGUCAAUUGCCGCGAUGGGAUGUCUUGUUUUGGAUGGAUUACAAUCCACUAGAUUUGAGCUAACU